CCCGGGCCUGCGACCCCCGCGGCUCGCACCCCACUUUCUAGGACCCCCAGGAGGACGCGCCGCGCUCCCCGCGGCCGCCGCGCGCGAGCCUCCCCGACCUCCACUCUCCAAAUCAAAGCAUCCUGCCCGAGCUUCCGAGGCGCGGUCCCCCAGCUGGGUUCGUGGAGAGUGCCUCUGGCACUACAAAAGACCCCAAAUCCUCCUCUUCCCUGCUCGAAAGUCUGGCCGGUGUCACCCACCCCCACUUGCAGGGGCAGAGAGGGAGAGAGAACAAGCGUGAGCGCCCGCCUGCCUGAGCUAGCUGGCGUUUCCAGCGGAGAGAGCCUUUUUGUUCAGGCGUCGCCCUGGAGCUGAAGGAAGGAAAGCCACCCUGUGGUGCUCCUGGGGUCAUGGAAUCCUUGUGGCCUCAAGCAGCACACUGGAGCCAGACUCUCCCCAAGGGACUCUACUAAGCCAGAUGUUCCCAGGCUAUGCCGACGACGUCUAUUUCACAGGUGUUCCAGGGCUCCGGAGGUGACGGGCACAAUGCUUUGGGUCCUGGUGGGGGCCGUCCUCCCUGUCAUGUUGCUGGCUGCCCCGCCACCCAUCAACAAGCUGGCCCUGUUUCCGGACAAGAGUGCCUGGUGUGAAGCCAAGAACAUCACGCAGAUUGUGGGCCACAGCGGCUGUGAGGCCAAGUCUAUCCAGAACAGGGCGUGCCUAGGACAAUGCUUCAGUUACAGCGUCCCCAACACCUUCCCGCAGUCCACAGAGUCCCUGGUGCACUGUGACUCCUGCAUGCCGGCCCAGUCCAUGUGGGAGAUUGUGACCUUGGAGUGCCCUGGCCACGAGGAGGUGCCCAGGGUGGACAAGCUGGUAGAGAAGAUUGUACACUGCAGCUGCCAGGCUUGCGGCAAGGAGCCCAGUCACGAGGGCCUGAACGUCUAUGUGCAGGGUGAAGACAGCCCAGGCUCCCAGCCUGGACCACACUCCCACGCCCAUCCCCACCCGGGGGGCCAGACCCCUGAGCCCGAAGAACCUCCUGGAGCCCCUCAGGUUGAGGAAGAGGGGGCUGAGGACUGAGGGCCCCCCACUCUUCCUCCCCUUGUCCCCUGUGGAAUGUCGGGUCCCACCCUCCAGGGAAGAGGGAGGGGAUAGGCAGAAGCCCCCCCUCCCCCUUUGGCACUGGAUGGACUUGGAAUGCUGCCUGGUUGCCAUGGAGAUCUGAAGGGAGGGGCUGGAGCCAAGCUGCACAAUUUAAUAUAUGCAAGAUGGGGGAGGAAGCAGACAGACAUCCGCAGGACUUUUCUUUUGGAAGGUGAAGUGUGGUCUUUCCUUUCGGCCUUCUAGAGAGAGGAGCCCCCCUCCCCCCCUGGGAUAGAGAGGAAAUGGGCUGAGCUGCUGAGAAUGAGUGAGAUCCUCAAACAGGGCAGGCCCAGGCCAGGACCCACACAACUGAUGGGGGCAGGAUCCCCAGUGAUGGGUCCAGGGUGGGAAUCAAGUCAGCAUCACCUUUGCGGAAGGACCUGGGUGGGAAGACCGCUUGCAGAGGUCGGAAGCUCCAGCCCCGUAGGUUUCUAUAACGACCUCCCUCACUCCCCAGCGCCAGGGAAGUAACCCCUUCAAUGGAGUGGCUUAGGAGUCAGGCUGGGGCAGGACCCUGCUGACUCAAGUGCCAGAGUGUCACUGAAGAAGAAAGAAGAUCCCUCCCAUCUCUCCCUCUGGAGAUCUUAGCUCUCUGCUCCCCGUGUUCUGGAUCCUUUAGGGAAGUAGCUGCAGCCAGCCCUGCUGUCUUUGGGGCCAGUCUUUUUGAAAGAGGUGAUGGUCCAUCUCCAUCACCUGGGACCAUAGUGGACAGGAGGCCCCUGCAUAGGGCCCCCGCUGACCUCAGCUUUCUCUAGCUCCCUAGUCUAGCCACUCCUCCUUCCCAGCUGCACUUUAACCCUAGGGCAGGGCAGGUGGCAAGGAAGGGCCCUCUGUCCCCUGAUAUGCUGGUACCAUUGUUUGUGUCCAGGGGAUGCUAGCUCACCCCCUCCCUGGGGGUGCCCCGGCCCGUGGCUGUUCGACGAGAGCCUUAGAGCUUGUAACUAGUAGCCAUCUCCCCUGGACCCAAGUGUUUUCAUGAAUAAAUACCUUCAAUG